UGAUUUGACGUUGUUCAAAACAGGUUCGGGAGUUUCUGUUCAUCUAUAGGCUACUCUACAGCUAUGGACUCAAGAACGGUGUUUGUGUUAUUAUGGACGUUGCUGUCGUCCACCUCCACUGGAAUCCAACUAGAUGGAAAUGGUUAUGUUGACAUUAUCAUUGCGAUCAGUUCAAAAGUGCCAGAGGAUAAGACGCUCAUUGAUAAAAUAAAGGACAUGGUCACUGAAGGGUCGUUUCAUCUUCAUCAAGCACUGGAUAAAAAAGUCUAUUUUAAAGAAGCUACGAUACUGGUCCCAUCUCACUGGAAUAGUAAGGAAUUUACCAGAGCAAGAACAGAGUCCUUUGAAAAGGCCAAAAUAAUAAUCGAUUACGCUGCUUCAGUGGAGCCAUAUACUCAUCAGUAUGGUGAAUGUGGAGAAGAGGGAAAGUACAUUCAUUUCACUCCAAACUUCCUCCUAAAUGACAGUGUCGUUCAGACUUACGGAUCAAGAGGAAGGGUCUUUGUGCAUGAAUGGGCUCAUCUGAGAUGGGGUGUUUUUGAUGAAUAUAGUGAAACACAGCCAUUCUACCACUCUAAAGGCCGUAUUGAAGCUACAAGGUGUACCAAAAGCAUUGAAGGACUGUAUUAUGUACCUACUCCUGAUGGAUCUCUUCAACUAUGUCGCAUUGAUCCACAAACUUCCUUACCUGCCGACGGGUGCAAGUUUUUUCCAAACGCAGAUCAAAACACAGACAGCUCCAUAAUGUACCAACCAAGCCUUGAUUCUGUGAUCACUUUUUGCCAAGAAAACGAUCACAAUGAUGAAGCCCCUAACCUGCAAAAUCAAAAAUGUGACAAAUCGACAUGGACUGUUAUAUUUAAGGAUUCUGUGGAUAAAGCCGCUCUUCGUUCUCUGAAACCAAUGCCGUCCUCUCCACCAGCGCCAUCUUUCAAAAUUGUGCAGCGAAUGCAACGGGUUAUUUGUCUCGUCCUUGAUGUCUCAGGAAGCAUGAACACAGAAUCCAGAAUCCUUCGACUACAGCAGGCUGCCACAUUUUUACUGCGUGACAUCAUUGAGGAACAAGCCAGUGUUGGAAUUGUGUCCUUUAGUGAUGAUGCUUCAACUCUGAGCCCCUUGACUACUAUUGGCAAUGACUCCACACGAGAGGAACUCAUCAAACUGUUGCCAAAAACAGCAGGUGGAGGCACGUACGUGUGUAAAGGCCUCACGCUAGGCUUACAGGUACUUGCAAAAGACAAUUUGGAUGUAUUAGGAGAUGAAAUCAUAUUUCUGACGGACGGUGAGGCGUCAGACAACAUUAAUGAUUGUAGUAAGACGGCAAUAAACAGUGGCGCCAUUAUACACACAAUAGCUUUGAGUGAAAACGCAGAUAUUGCACUGUGGGAAAUGGCAAAUCAAACUGAGGGGAAAUUUAUCUAUGUCGGUGAUGACGUCACCUCCAACCAGUUAAUGGAUGCGUUUGCUUCCCUUACAUUAUCAACUGGAGAUUACACAAAAGAACCAGUUCAGCUAGAGAGUGUUGGAAAAACAACAUCAGACUGGUUCAAUGGGACAGUAACAGUGGAUCAAACUGUUGGUAACAAAACCAGCUUUGUAAUAAUCUAUGAAAAAAGUGUUCCUAUCAUUUCCAUUCAGUCACCAAGUGGCUCAAUCUACAGUGAGACAGAAAUGAGUCAUGAAGAAUCUCUAAAAACAGUCUCCUUAAAACUUCCAGGAACUGCAGAGAUUGGGGACUGGAAGUACAGCAUCCAAAGUCCAACACUUCAGUCUCUGACUAUAACAGUAACAAGUCAAGCGGCGCGUGCUGAUGUUCCCCCUAUUAUGGUCAAAACCCACAUGAACCAGCAGUUAAGUGACGGCACUAAACCCAUGAUAGUGUUUGCUGAGGUCAGUCAGAAUUACAAGCCUAUAAUAAAGGCUGAAGUGUGGGCUACGCUGGAGUCUGAAACUGGGUCUACACAAACAUUACAACUCCUGGACAAUGGAGCAGGAGCAGAUGCUUUCAAAGAUGAUGGCGUCUAUUCCAGAUAUUUCACACAGAUGACAAAUGGGAGAAGCAGCUUGAAAGUGAGAGUGAAGAAUCAAGAUGGACAAGCCAGAUUUAGUCCGCUAAAAAGGGGUGGUGCCCCAUACGUACCUGGAUACGUGGUAAACGGUGUGGUGGAGCUGAACCCUCCAAAGCCUCCAGUUUCUGAGGAACCACUUGAGGUCGGAAGCUUUACCAGAACAGCCACUGGAGAGAGUUUUACAGUGGAUUUAUCAGGCUCACCCCCACCAAACUUCCCACCUAACAAAAUCACAGAUCUGAGUGCUGAGAUCCAGGAGGACUCUGUGCUUCUCAGCUGGACGGCUCCUGGUGAGGACCUCGACCAAGGGACAGCGAAAUCCUAUGAGAUCAGGUGGAGCUAUGACCUUCAAAUGCUUCGAGAAAGCUUCAGCAAUGGUCAUGCAGUCAACACAACUGCCGUCUCACCGCACGAGGCUGGAUCAAUUGAACAGCACUCAUUCAAUUUCAGUUUCACAAUCCAAAAUGGCACCACACUCUUUUUUGCUGUUCAGUCUGAGGACAAAGAAGAAGCGAAAUCUGAAACCUCCAAUAUUGCUCAAUCUUCAAAAAUCCUCCUUGAUCCAAAACCGCAAGGAAUAUCAAACCCAGGCAUGAAUUUGACAGUUCUUGUCAUUUCUUUGUGUGUGGUCACUAUGGUCAUAUGCUUUGUUGCUGCUUUAACCACAUGGGCAGUGAGGCGCAGAAAACACCAUGGUUAAAGCAUUAUCUGGAAUUAACAAUUUGAACAAAUUGCAAACAAUCAAAAUCAAUCCUUAUGUGUAAAUUGAACAUAACCAUGUGCAUCCAACAUGAAUAGUUCUUAAAACAAUCAUCUCUAUCAAACAGACUUUCUAAUUAUCUGAAUAUUUUUCCAUACAUUUAUUGCUAUCUCAUUUUGAAUUCUCAUUUAGUUUUCGCAUAUAUAGCUUCAUCUUCCUCUGAAAUGUGAGCACCUUUAAAUACAAAUGAACAAAAACAUUUAUUUACAAUAAAAGGCAUUAAACAUGAUUAUUUAAAGCA